AUGAAUCCCGCCCAGUUCUCCAACCCCGGCGGGGGCAUGUCUGGCCUCGUCAAGCCCGGCAUGUCGCAACAACAAUCGCAGCAGCAGCGCAAUGAGAACGCCCAGUUGAUUAUGAGCUCCGUCGCGCAGGAGUUGCAAAUGCAGCCUCGACUUGGUGGCUGGAAAGAUGAAGUCCCCAUCAAGGUUCGAGCUAUGAAUGUCUACCAAAUGAUCACCUCUCUCCGAUUGAUUCAACCUCGUAUCGACCUGAAGCAGGCAGGCAACGCCGCCAUUGCCUUUGAAACCGGUGCCUUUAAGAAAGCUGCCGAACGGAGCGAUUACGAGAAGGAUUGCAACGAGAAGCUCCUCCACAUCAAAGACACGCGCCAGAGACAAGCCGCCGUUGCCAUUCAAAGCGGGAUGAUGCCCCAAGGUGGGCCCGCCAUGCAGAACCAGCUUCAGGGCGGUUUCCCUCCUCAGAUGAACCCAAACAUGCAGGCCUCGCCAGUUGCUCCAGGCCAGUCUCAAAUGGCCAUGGGCAUGAAUGGUCCCAACCAGCAGGCUGCCAUGCAACAGCGCCAGCAACAACAGCAGCAGCAAGCGAUGCUUCAGCAGCAGCAGCAGCAGCAACACCACCAACAACAACAACAACAACAACAGCAGCAGCAGCAGCAACAACAACAGCAACAGCAGCAACAACAACAACAGCAGCGAGCUCAGCAGCGCCCUCCCAAUGGCCUUCUUCUCCCCGACGACGUCACCGGCCUUCAGAACCCUGAGGCCGAGCAUGUCAUCCGGUUGGCAGACCAAAUGAUGCACAAGACGUCUCCAGCGGAUGUUGAAAAGAUCAAGCUCAAUCUUGCCAACAUGAAUCCGGAGCAGCGAGAUUACUUGCAGCGACAAGGCAUAGAACCGAUCACCUACUUUUUCCGCACUCAGGCUGUAACUCAAUUGCGACGAUUCCGAAAUCGUACUGGCAUGAAUAUGGGCCGCCCUGCGAAUGCUGCCAACGCCAAUGCCGAUGCCAUGCUCACGGGUGACCCGAUGAUGAACCAACAGGCAAUGUUUCAAAACAUGAUGAAUCUUCAGCGCAGCAAUUCGACUUUCUCCGGUAACCCAGCCCAGGGUCAGGAUCCGAACGCUUUCUUCGGCAAUGUGGAGAACAUUCAGGGCCAGCAAGCUGACGGUCUUCGCUCUCAGGAAGCCGGUCAGUUAGUGGUUCCUGCCAGCUCGUCGCAAAUGAACCAGGCACCGUUCAACAAUCAGCAGAAUCUGUUCCCACAGCAGUCUGGCCAAAAUGGCCAAGGGAACGGGGCGAUGAACGGUAUGGGCAUGAACCCUCAGAUGUUCAGCCAACAGCAAAUGCAGCAGGGUCUCCCCAACGGAGCCCAGCAAUUCCAAGCUCAGCAGGCACAAGCUCAGGCACGUGCUCACGCAGCAGCUCAGAAAGCGCAGUUGGCGAUGUCCGGCCAGGUCAACCCGCAAGCCCAGGCCCAAUUCUCCCAACAAAGUCCUGUCAUGCCAAUGCUAAACCAGGGCAUGCCCCCUGGUCAGAUCUCCCCUGUUCCUAUGGCUGCCCAGGUGCGGCCUCCGUCUCGCCCAGCGAAUAUGGGUCAGCACCCAGGUGGUAUGCAGGCUGCGCAACCCACUAUGCAAAAUCGGCCUCAAAUUCCUCCCAAUCUCCCCGGGCCGAUCCAGGAGCAAUUGUCCGGGUUGACGAAUGAGCAGCUCCAUUCUUUCCUGCAGACCCAGCGUCGUGCCCAUGCCAACAAUUUGACUCGAGCCAACCUUCAGCAGCAACAGCAGCAGCAGCAGCAGCAACCGGCACCGCAAUCACAGCCGCAGCAGCAGCAGCAGCAGCAGCAAGGUUCUCUCCCGCAAGAUGUUCAAAAUCCGGCUAUGUUCAAUGGUCAAAUGGUCAACAACCCUCGAAUGAGAAACUCUAUGAGUAUGCCGCAAGGCAUGAACAUGGCAGCUGGUCUCCUUCAAAACCAGCAGCAGUUGACUCCUCAGCAACGGGCGGUGCGCCAGCAGCGACAGACCGAGAUGAUGAAGCUGAAUGCCCUUCGCAAACAGAACAAUGGCCACGAGAUGACUGUUGACCAGCAAAAGGAGAUGGACCGGGUCCCUUUCCCGCCAUCCCUCGUCGCUAAUAACCCUCACGUUCCACAGCACAUCAAGACUUGGGCUCAGAUCAAGCAUUGGGCGAGCACUAAUCCCGUUACCACUACUGGGGUUGACUUUAAUCGGCUCUUGACUCUGCAAAAGCUUCACUUCGCCCAGAUCCUAGCUACGAAAAUCGCCCAGCAGCAGAACCAACAGAAUCAACAGAAUCAACAGAAUCAGCAAAAUCAAGCCCAAAUCCAGCAGGCUUACCAAGGCCCUCAAAAUGGCAUGCAGAUUCCUCAGAAUCAUCCACAUCCCGGUAUGAACAUCGCAAUGCGACCAAUCACAAACGAGGAUGUUCAAUCUGCUCGCCAGAAGCUAGGCAGUAAUUCGUCGAAUUAUACCGACGACCAAAUUCGCGAGCUUCUUCGAAACAAACAGAGGCAGAUGCUUGAGCAAGCUGUACAACAACGGGCUCUUGCUAUGGGCCGGGCGGUACCUCAGCCUCCUGGUGUGGUACCUCAAAAGCAGACGCAGGUUCCACCAGUCCCUGUUGCCCAACAGCCUCCUCAAGUGACCGGUGAUCUACAGCCUCCGAAUCCCAGGCCACAACAGGCAGCCCCUGCUCCUAAAGGCGGCAAAGCCCCGACUGUGAAUCAGAGAUCGAAGAAGAGACCAAACCAAGAUGACAUAGUCGUCGAGAUGCCGCCAGUGCCCAAUCAGGCACUCUCACAAGAAGGUCUUGCUGCCAUGACUCCUGAACAGCGCCUGCAUGUUGAACAGACUAUGCGCCUCCAGCAGCAGGCACUCUUCCGCGGUCAGUAUUUCAAUCGGGCAGUGGCUGAAAGCAAUUGGAAAAACAAUCUUCCCCCAAAGCUUUUGGACAUAUACAACGAGAUUUCCAAGGCGGCUCCGGCGCCGAACAUUGUGACUGUCUCUCCAGAACAGAAGGCGAUUAUGACCCAGCAGCUGCAAGACUCCCUGGAAGUGUUGGCUCGCCUAGAUAUCCUGGUUCUGCAUGGAUUCCAGAAGGCAGCCAACCAAGAGCGCAAUAUCAGAAACCUGCUUGCCAUGCGGAUUCAGUUGAUGCGUCAGUUCAAGAACACCCCGGAGUGGAUCAUCAAUGACCAUUUCACUAUCACUCCCGACUAUCUGACUGGCGCCAUCAUUUUCGUCCGCAAGUUGUUCCAAAUGACGCUCGUGCGGAUAACUAACGAGCGUCAGUCUGCUCUCAAUCGUGCAAACACCCCAGCUGCUCAGUCGGAACAGCCUACACAGACAACCCCCUUGAACGCGAACAACCUCAAGCAGUUGCAGUUCCAACAGCAGCAACAUGAAGAGGCUCUCCAGCGUGCUCGUCGGGCCUCCAGCCAGUCUGCACCAGUGCCACCAGCGCCAUUUGGAGCGCCGUCGCCCCAGGGUGUUCCCGCCUAUGGCUCCGGAGGACUUGCGCCCGAGAAGCUGAAACUUCCUCCACCUAAAAAGCGCAAGCAGUCUCAAACCGGUGUAUCUUCAUCUCCCGUGCCGGCCAGUGCUCCACUCAUCGCCGAUGCGAGUUACAAGAAGACCGUUGCAGAUGCCAAAUCAGCGGCUGCCCCUCUGGUUGGUACAUUCAAGUGUGGCAUUGUCGAGUGCCAGUUUCACUUCCAAGGCUUCCCAACUCAGGCUGCGUUGGAUAAGCACGUUGAAGAGAGCCACAAGCCUGAGGUUGUAGAGGUCAUCGAUGACCCCUUCCAAUUCUACAUCGAUAGUCUUGACAUUGGUCUUGGCUUGACCGCGGAUAACCAGGGAGCCAACCAGGUCGUUACUACCAGUGCUGGUCCCACUGGAUUGAUGGCUUCUCCUGUCAAGCCUGGCCUGGCGACUCCUGCCUCCUCCACCGCAACUCCAAUGUUACGAGCCCCGAGUCAGGUCGUUGCUAAGAGCGCGUCGCCUGCUACUUCCGCUCAACAGCUCACGCCUCAGCAGGGGAAGGCCAAGAAGCCGGGCUCGAAGCCUGGUGCUCUUGACUUGCCGUCGGAACCCGCUCUUCCGUGGGCUAAUUCCCAUAUGACUCCUCAGGAGCUUGCUGAUACUUUUGACCCUCUUUUUGACGACCUUGAUGAUGGCAAUGGACUCAACAUGUUCUCCGAUGAGGCUUUCAAUAAUAACGCCUUCCUUGGCGCUGACCCCACUGAGGAUACCCCGGACUCGAAUGACCUGGCCCUGGCCAUUCAGACACCCCAGGAUGACCCGAUCAAUUGGUCCGAGUGGGCGGAGUAUGAUGAAGAGUCCGCUCGGGCUACGGCCGAGUGGAUGAAUAUCCCGCUCGAGCUCCAGGACAACAGCGGCGAUGGCAUCCCGGGUGUGCGGGUAGACUUUGACCGCCUCGAACGUGAACAGCGUGAAGAGAAGGAGCUUGCCCUCCGCGGCGGCCGCGGUAACCUGGUCAUCUCUACUGUUCGGUGA